UCCAGAUUGGCCUGUUCAGGUGUUGGUUGGAUUUUUGACCUGGAAGACCAGAGUGAACUCGCUGCAGCAUGAAAGAUCCGCCGCAGCGGGAGCGCUGAUAAUCUGCGCUGCACUUGACUCCGGACCCGGACGCACCAACACUUGGCACCGCGGGAGGAAACAUGUCGCGUUUGGUCGCUCGUCUCCUAGUUGUGGUUUCUCAACAACAUGCAGCUGUCAGAUCAGCGGUAAAGCCGAGGAGGAUCCCUUCAUUCAUCCGAUGUUUCUCCACAUCUCCAGCAGGCCUCCAGUCUCUUACACGUUACAACAAAACUACAGACUGGCAAAAGAAACUGACACCAGAGCAGUAUUUUGUCACAAGAGAGAAAGGAACCGAGGAGCCCUUUAGUGGAAUCUACUUGAACCAUUUUGAAGUAGGAAUGUACCACUGCGUCUGCUGUGAUGUUCCACUCUUUAGUUCAGAAGCCAAGUAUGAUUCAGGGACAGGCUGGCCUGCAUUCAAAGAGGCUCAUGGUACAUGGGAGCGAGACGAGAGCCAUGCCUCCAUGGUUCGUCGCCCUGACAACAGCCUGGGCAGCGCUGGGACAGAGAUCCUCUGUAAAAAUUGCGACGCACACCUCGGCCAUGUGUUUGAGGACGGACCAGACCCAACGGGACAACGCUUCUGCAUAAACAGCGCAGCCCUAAAUUUCAAACCCAGAGAAAAUGGUGUAUCCGACAUGGAAGAGCCGAAAUGAUGGUUAUGAUUGCAGCAUUUCUUCCAAAAAAAUGGGCUGCCUUAUACACUGGAGGUGAAUUGGAUGAUAAGAGUAAAGAAAUCUCCAAGAGCCACCCUCUUAAUAAAAAAAAA